UCACACACCGCUCUGGGAUAGGAAGGAAAGUUCUCCUCUUUUGUUUACUUUUCUCUCGUGUUAAGAGCCUACAGAUUGGGGGACUCAUUGAGACGGGCCGUCUCUGCUUCUCCUUUGAAUUCUUUCAUUGCCUUCUUAUCUAUCAGUGAGAGUGUGUUGUGGUUACUCAAGGCUCAGUGCCUCUGUCCAUUUCUUCAGGGGAGCCUCGUGAAAACCAGGAGCUUGCAAUCCAACUGUGAAGAGAAAAGAGUCGAAAAAGCCUCUUCAUCUUCAUCCAACCAUGCGUUCUUCCAACAAAAGAGUUUGAACUACUGAGUUGGCACCUUCUCUUGACCGCAGGUGGCCUUUGCUGUUGCUCCCGCCGCCAUGAGGUUCGCCAGAAGCGGUUGGCAUCUGGCACUGCUGCUGGCGUCCGUUGGCCUGGUGAGUUCCGGAAACGGGAACGGUCAAGGGAGACGCGGGGGAGGCGAGAGGCGGAGGAAGCUCCACCGCGUUCAGCACGGCCAGUGCAGCUACACCUUCAUCCUGCCGGAGAUGGAGAGCUGUCAGGGGGGAGCGGGGCAGAUGAGCGGGACCAACGUGGUUCAGCGGGACUCCCCGCCGGCGGACGGCGAGUGGCCCGUUCAGAAGCUGCAGCAUCUGGAGUCGGCCAUGGAAAACAACACGCAGUGGCUGCAGAAGAUUGAGAACUACAUCAAAGACAAUAUGAAGACAGAAAUAGUGCAGUUACAACAGAGCGCCGUUCACAACCACACUGCGGCCAUGUUAGAGAUGGGCACCAGUCUUCUCUCCCAAACAGCUGAGCAGACACGCAAGCUAACUGAUGUCGAGACACAGGUUUUAAAUCAGACAUCAAGGUUGGAAAUUCAGCUGCUGGAGAAUUCACUAUCCACCAACAAACUGGAGAAACAACUUAUGAUACAGAUAAAUGAAAUCAACAAGAUCCAUGACAAGAAUGGGUUUCUGGAGGAAAAAAUGCAGGAGAUGGAGGACAGGCACAGAGAGGAGUUGGAGGCCCUGCGGGAGGAGAAGAGCAGUCUACAGGCGCUGGUGAGCAGGCAGAGCUCAGUGAUCCGGGAGCUGGAGUCUCAGCUGAGUCGAGCCACAGGAAACAGCACUGCCCUGCAGAGACAACAGCAGGAUCUAAUAGAUACCGUGCGCAACCUCCUCAGCCUCUGUGCCAAGGAUGGAGGCACAGCAUUGGUGCCAAACAGCACAAAGCAAGCUGAUGAGGAGAGGAAGUUUCGGGACUGUGCCGACCUCUACCAAGCAGGGUUCCAGAAGAACGGGGUUUACACUAUCAACAUUAGCCCACAGGAGACUAAAAAGGUGUACUGUAACAUGGAGUCUGCGGGCGGAGGCUGGACCGUAAUCCAAAGACGUGAAGAUGGUAGCGUGGACUUUCAAAGAACAUGGAAAGAAUAUAAAAUGGGCUUUGGGAGCGUGUCGGCCGAACACUGGCUGGGAAAUGAGUUUGUGCACAUUCUGACCAAUCAGAAGCAGCAUGCCCUCCGUGUGGAGCUGACCGACUGGGACGGACACCAGGCCUUCUCUCAGUAUGACAGUUUCCACAUCGACAGUGAAAAACACAAUUACAGGUUGUUCCUGAAAAGCUACAGUGGUACGGCUGGCAGACAGAGCAGUUUGGUGAUAAACGGGGCUGACUUUAGCACAAAAGACAUGGAUAAUGACAACUGCAUCUGCAACUGUGCACUCAUGCUCACAGGCGGCUGGUGGUUUGAUGCCUGUGGCCCGUCAAACCUCAACGGCAUCUACUACACCUCUGGACAAAAUUCAGGCAAAUUUGAUGGCAUUAAGUGGCACUACUUCAAAGGCCCCAACUACUCUUUACGCGCCACCACCAUGAUGAUCCGCCCAUUAGAUUUUUGAGAUAACGAUCAUCUGUCAUCAUAUUGUCACACAUUUUUCGGCAGUUAAUUGGUUAUACAGUAUGCUGUUUAACUGGUUAAACAUUUUGAUCCGCUUUGUGUGGAAAAUUCAAUGUCAAACUGUCAUAAUUAUGUUUCUAACCUUUUCCUUAAUGUAAUACAUUGUGUACUUCAGAUAGUCUG